ACCAAGACUCUUAGAAAUAUGUAGCACUAGUGGAGUGGCUGCCAAGAUUUAAUUAAACUUCCAACCUCGUGGCUAUGGCAAUCCCUCUUCUAUACUUGCAGCCUCUACUUUGCCUGUUUCUCUUCCUUGGCGCUCAGUCACCGGGUAAUGCCAUCACCGACCCAGACACAGACUUCUCAUGCUUCCCGGGCUCCCAUGGUUCUUGUAAAACAUAUGUCACUUACCGUGCCCGUGGACCGGAGUAUUUGGCUCUGGCGAAUAUAUCUGACCUGUUUGGUGUCAGCCGCUUGGCAAUUGCCAAGGCCAGUAACAUCGCCUCGCUGGAUGCUCGCCUGAUUCCAGAUCAACUCCUACUGAUACCUAUCACCUGUACCUGCAACGGAACAGAGUUCUUCACCAAUGUCUCCUACCAGAUCAAGAAAGGUGACAGCUUUUACUUGGUUUCCAUCACUGCUUUUGAAAAUCUCACCAAUUAUCAUCUAGUGCAAGAGAUGAACCCAACACUAACUCCAACCGACUUGCAUGCUGGUGAUGAGGUGGUCUUUCCUUUGCUCUGUAAGUGCCCAUCAAAGGCCCAUUUGUACAAGGGAAUUAAGUACCUUGUAACUUAUGUAUGGCAACCAAAUGAUGAUGUCUUACCUGUAAGUUCGCUGUUUAAUGCAUCCUCUCUUAAUAUUGUUACUGAAAACAACUACCGGAACUUCGCCGCCGCCGCUUGUCAUCCUGUUCUGAUACCGGUCUCACAAUUACCAGCUCUUUCUCAAUCAUAUCCCUCGCCUUCUGAAAGACAGAAAUUCAGACAUCCACGGAUGUGGAUCCUCAUCACUGUCUUGUGUGCGAGCGGAUCUUUCUUGCUUUUUUUUUUGGUGAGCUUGUCAGUGUAUCGUCAUCUUUCAUUUAGGAAGAAGAUGACGUUGAAUCGCAACAGCUCUUCAUCGGAGACUGCUGAGCUCAUCCAGAUGAAGAAAACAUCAAUGGCCGAAACUUUUGAGCCUAAGGCCUUUCAGGAUAAGCUACUUCCUGGGGUUUCAGGAUAUCUGGGCAAGCCAAUUAUCUAUGACAGAAAAGUGAUUAUGGAGGCAACUGUGAAUCUCAGUGAAAGGUACAGGAUUGGAGGAUCAGUUUACCGGGCCGUGAUAAAUGAUCACAUCUUUGCUGUAAAGAAAACAAAAGAUGCCUUGGAGGAACUGAAGAUUUUGCAGAAAGUAAAUCAUGCAAAUCUGGUCAAGUUAGUUGGUGUCUCAUCAGAUAUUGAAGGGAACUGUUUCUUGGUGUAUGAAUAUGCUGAAAAUGGAUCACUAGAUAAGUGGUUGUACCCGAGCUCUUUAUCUUCUUCUGGAACUUUAGCAUUCCUCACUUGGACUCAGAGGUUAAACAUAGCAAUAGAUGUAGCCAAUGGCCUUCAAUACAUGCACGAACAUGCUCAACCAAGCAUAGUUCAUAGAGAUAUUAGAACAAGUAACAUACUUCUCGACUCCAGGUUUAAGGCCAAGAUCUCGAAUUUCUCUGUAGCUGGACCUGCAACAAGCUCAGUCACCUCAAAAAUUGAUGUUUUUGCUUUUGGGGUUGUUCUGUUGGAGUUGCUUUCAGGAAAAAAAGGCAUGGUAACGAAAGAAAAUGGCGAGAUUGAGAUGUUGUGGAAGGAAAUACGGAAGAUUUUGGAAGAUGAAGAGAAAAGAGAGGAGACGUUAAGGAGGUGGAUGGAUCCAAAUCUGGAGAGCUUUUACCCCAUCGAAAGCGCUCUGAGCUUGGCAGCCCUAGCAAGGGCAUGCACAUCAGAGAUGUAUUCAACAAGACCAAUAAUGGCAGAGAUAGUCUUCAACCUCUCUGUUCUCACUCAAUCAUCUUCAGAGAUGUAUGAAAGGUCGUGGACAUCAGGACAGGAAGUAGACGAUGUCCUUCAAAUUAUCAGUUCUGUUGUAGCUCGUUGA